AUGGCUGAUGCGCAGAACGUCUCGCUGGACGGCCCGGGGAGUGUGGGGGCCGUGGCCGUGCCUGUGGUCUUUGCCAUCAUCUUCCUGCUGGGCACAGUGGGCAACGGGCUAGUGCUGGCCGUGCUGUUGCAGCCCAGCCCCAGUGCCUGGCAGGAGCCGGGCAGCACUACGGACCUGUUCAUCCUCAACCUAGCGGUGGCCGACCUCUGCUUCAUCCUGUGCUGCGUGCCUUUCCAGGCGGCCAUCUACACACUGGACGCCUGGCUCUUUGGGGCCCUCGUUUGUAAGACGGUGCACCUGCUCAUCUACCUCACCAUGUACGCCAGCAGCUUCACGCUGGCCGCGGUCUCGGUGGACAGGUACCUGGCCGUGCGGCACCCGCUGCGCUCGCGGGCCCUGCGCACGCCGCGCAACGCCCGCGCCGCCGUGGGGCUCGUCUGGCUGCUGGCGGCCCUCUUCUCGGCGCCCUACCUCAGCUACUACGGCACCGUGCGCUACGGCGCGCUGGAGCUCUGCGUGCCCGCCUGGGAGGACGCGCGCCGGCGCGCCCUCGACGUGGCCACCUUCGCCGCCGGCUACCUGCUGCCCGUGGCCGUGGUGAGCCUGGCCUACGCGCGCACGCUGCGCUUCCUGUGGGCGGCCGUGGGCCCCGCGGGCGCGGCGGCGGCGGAGGCCCGGCGCAGAGCCACGGGCCGCGCGGGGCGGACCAUGCUGGCGGUGGCCGCGCUCUACGCCCUCUGCUGGGGCCCGCACCACGCGCUCAUCCUCUGCUUCUGGUUCGGCCGCUUCGCCUUCAGCCCGGCCACCUACGCCUGCCGCCUGGCCUCGCACUGCCUCGCCUACGCCAACUCCUGCCUCAACCCGCUCGUCUACGCGCUCGCCUCGCGCCACUUCCGCGCGCGCUUCCGCCGCCUGUGGCCCUGCGGCCGCCGCCGCCGCCGCCGCUGCCGCCACGCCCGCUGCCCCCCGGGCGCCCGCCGCGCGCACCGCCGCGUCCGCCCCGCCACCGCGGGCCCUGCCGGUUGCCCCGGGGACGCCCGGCCUCGCGGGAGGCUGCCGGCGGGCGGCGGCCGGGGCGGGGGGCCCGGGGAGGAGCCCGCCCGCGUCGGAGAGGCCGGGCGAGCUUCGUCGGCCCCGGGACCGGAAUAA